AUGGCUCCGUCUCUCAUGUCUCCCAUCACGGCCCACGCGCCCACUCCCCUUUCUCCGACUAUACUCUCCCCCUCCCGUCGAGUCUCGGGCUUCCUGGACAGCGACAGCAUCUCGAACAAUGGAUUGUCUCGCUCGUUCACUUCCCGGAGGGUCUCCUCCCGGAAGUUCAACAACGAGACUUCCAACAUCUCCAACGUGGUCUACUCUCUCAAGCGUCGUAGUGGUGAUGAACUCGGCACGUCUGCUUCGUCCAAGCUUCUCAACGCUACGCAUGCCUCUCUGCUAGAUUGGAUCCGUGCUCAGCGCAUGAGCAACCUGCCCCCUGAGGGAAGCAGCUAUGACAAGGUGCUUGCCUGGGCUCAGCUUUUCGUCGAAAGACUGCAUUCCUUUGACCUCGCGAUUGAAGAAUUCGCUGGUGACAGCUACCUUGCUGCUCAGUUGGCCUAUGGCUACUGUGCCAUCCUACUGGAGCUGGGCAAGGAGAAUGCCCCCGCGCUGACCACCUCCUUUGGCUUCUUUUACAGCACCUCCAUGUCGCUGGUGAACCUGCUGGAGCGCACUGAGCUCUUCAGUGUCUCCCAGGAGAUCCGCGAGCAGCUGGUUCUGGCUCUGGCUGACCUGGUGACCCUGGUUGCCAGCGUGUCGACGCACUUCCACCGGGCCAUCCGGGGAAUGACUGCCUCUUCCGUCUCCAUUGACAUUCACAACACCUUCCCUGGUCAGAUCCAGACCUUCCGUGAGCGGUGUGUCAAGAUCGCCGAGUCGAUGUGGCGACACAAGCUUAUGAAAGAGAACCUUGAUGGCGACCGAGUGUUCGAGGUCAAGGCGAUCAAAUCGUGGCUUGCUCCCGAGGAUCCCGUGCUCACUAACGUCGCCGAGACGACCUCCCACCUCGCCCACGAGCGGGCUGAACUGACGUGUCUCUGGAUGGCGCCCUACCUGACUCGUUUCCUGAAGAGUCAGAACCGGACUCUGACCAUUGGUGGCAAGCCGGGCUCUGGAAAGACCGUCUUGGCCUCGGUCAUCGUGGACCACUUGCAGCACCCCAUAGGCGGUGUCACUUACAAGACACUGUUUAUCCCCGUCAAUGGCAGAAUCCCUGCGGAGACCACCCCUCGGGCCAUUGCCAAGGCCAUCCUGUACCAGCUCUUUGAGAAGCGCAUUGGCAACAUCGGUCUGCUCCAGAUCCUGACCGAUGCCUUUGAGCGCAGCAAGAAGGCCACCAACGACAACGACUACGACAACAUUCUUUGGAAUGCCCUCGAGCGUGCGCUGGCCGCCGCUCUCAAGGGCGCCAAGGAGUUGGUCAUCGUCGUUGAUGGCGUCGAUGAGUCCACUUGCGGCGAAUCGGUGCUCCUCCAGAGACUCACUGGAGCGACUACCAAGGGUACCAACGUGAAGCUGAUUGCCCUCGGCGGAUCGAAGCCCCCGAGUGCAGAGGGCCAGGUCCACGUCCAGAUUACCAAUGAUUUGAUCUUCGAUGACAUUGCUUCGGUGGUGCGAGGCAACUUGGAGAAAACCUCCGUGUUCCCGAAGAUGGACGAGCUGGACCGUGAGACUGUCGUCGACCGUAUUACUUCGGCAUCCAACGGCUCGUUCCUCUGGGCCAAGCUCGCAUCCAAGCGUGUUCGCCACGAAGACAGUGUUGACAACCUCAACAAGGCCGUUGACGCCGUGGUGAGCCAGAAACUGACCAUCACGGACUUUGCUCUCCAUGUUCUCCAGAAUCCCGAGGUCAAAGAAGAGGCUAAGUUUAUGCUCCUUUGGCUCGCAACGGCAGACCGCCCUCUUGGUCUGAGGGAGCUUGCCAUCUUGGCUUCGGUCCAAAAUGACAAGAACGCCGUCGUUGACCGUCAUAUCGACACGCUGCAAUUCCUGAAGCCGUUGACAUCUCUCGUCUUCCUGCAGGAGAGUCAGGUGUAUCUCCGCCAUGCUCUCGUUCGGACUGCGGUCUUGGAUGUGUUCUCCCAGGGUAAACUGAUUCCAAACCUCAAAGACCGCCACGCCGAUCUUGCUACUAGACUGUUAGUCUAUAUCAAGAGCACUGUGAUCCAGCCUAGCGAGCCUUCCCUGACUCCUCUCGACUGGCACGACACCAACAUUCUCGUGAACAAGCACCCUCUGCUGGACUUUGCCAUUCGCUACUGGCCCGUGCACUUCAAGCAGACCUCUGUGUAUGCCAGCGAGGGCGAGGUCCCUGCGGCGAAGUCGUUCUCGAAGGUGUUCCCAACCUUGACCACGGUUUACCUUCUUUCAAGCACCCUGUGGGAGAAUCAGCCAACUCCCCAGCUGCUAUCGUACCAGACUACUAUUACCAAUGUCUAUCGCCAGGUCCUGACAACGAACCAUGUGGUCACCCUCCAGUCCAUCAUAUCUCUGGCUCAGCUGUACCGUCGUCUUGAGUACUAUCCUGAGGCCAUCCCCUUGUUCCACGAGGCUACCACGCUCAGUCGCGCUUUGCUCACCACUCGUCACAUUGUGACGGUGCAAAUGGCCACUACUUUCAUUGAGUUGACCACGGAGAAGGUUACCAACACCAAGACCGAUAUCAUGACCAAGCGCGAGGAGAUCCUGACUCUGCUGAUUGAAUGCUACAAGGUUCAAUAUGGAAGCACUAGCGAGAAUGUGGUGUCCACCUACAAGCAGCUGGUUGAGCACUACCGCCUGAUCAAGGAAGAGACCAAGGCUCAGGAGAUCAUCAAGAUUGUUCGCUCCAUCACCACCUCCGAGUAUGGUUCCGAGUCCCAUGACAGCCGUGGAAACCUUCACGUGCAUCUCCGAGGCCGUGGUCAGAUCGAAACGGAAACCAACGUGGGCCUUGCUCUGGACGUUGAGGAACAUGACGAGCUGAUCGAACAGUCUGGCUCUUACGAGUUCGAGGGUUUGAUCAAGCGCGCCGAGAAGUACGUUGCCGAGGGCAAGCAUGAACUCGCCGAGCUCACCUACGUUGAGAUCUGGCAGCAUGUGAGCAAGGAGUACCGCGCCAACUACUCCUCCCUCUGGGAAGAGCGCAAGAUGGAAGUCGCCCUUGCCUACACCAAGUUCCUGCACUCGCAGAAGCGGGAAUUUGAGGCCUCUUCUGUCAUCUCCAGCCUUUGGCAGGAGUAUGAGCAGACCAGCAUGGCCAUUUCCGAAAGCUCGGUCUCGCACUUCCAGGAGGUCGCCAAGGUGAUGAAGACCGUUGGCUUGUCUACUUUGGCCUUGACCGUGUUCAAGCACUGCUCGCACUUCUACCAGAGCACCAACCGCACCCAGUCCUCCAGCUACAAGGAGGUGCAGCAGAGCAUCCAAAGCACCUCAAGGGAAGUGAUGCAGUCGGUCAGCUCGUCCACCACCGUGACUUCGGAGACCACUCUGGAGGAGAUGAUCUUUGAGGCCACCACUUCAACCACCACCGUUGAACAAACUUCCUUCAGCGCGACCCACAGCCUGGUUGAACUCUAUGUCUCGCAGCACCGCUGGCAGGACGCCACCCGUGUCAUUAAGAAGGUCCUCCACGGUGUCUGGCCUUCGCUGUUUGCUCCCUCGCUCCAGGACGUCACCCUUCCUGCUCAGCACGUUGAACGAUGUGUUGAGCUUGCCGAGCGUCUCAGCCGUUGCUACCACUCCCGCCGUCGCCUGACCAAGGAGGAAGACAUCCGUGUCCGAAUCUACCGUGCCGUCCGUUCUGGUCGGAAGGUCGAGGACAAGCUCAGGGAACGUGCCACCACGGAGCUUCUCCGCUUGUUCGAGCGUAACUCGCGUACGGACAACACUAUCAACCUUCGCCAGGAGUUGUUGACCGACUACAUCCAGCACUACGGUCCCGAGCACCCGAUUGUCAUUGAUAACCUUUGGAUUCUGGCCAAGCUUACUCGUCCUCGCCCCAUCUUCAUUGACUACUACCAGCAGAUCAUCCGCGCCUUGAACAAGGCCUCUCCGGUCUGCCACCCGGAUGCCUUCGAGCCUCUCGUCAUCGUCGCGGGUGAGCUCUGGAACCAAGGCCGCUACUCGGAUGCUCUGCACUACUACAAGGUCAUCUUCACGACCUUCCUGAACCAGCCCAAGCAGCUUCCCAAGUUGCAGGAUCAGACCUUCGUGCAGGAAUUCUUCACCCGGUACACUCAUUGCCUGCGCAGUGUCCGUACUGAGUUCAGCGUCCUUCACAAGAUCACCACUGAAUACCAGACCAAGGUCAAGGCUGUCUUCACCGCAACUGCCACUAUCUCUGUCCAAGCUACCUUGACCCUUGCGAAGCUUUGCCAGGAAUCCAAGCGCUAUGAGAUCGAGGCAAUCACUCUGUACGAGGAGUUGCUCAAGGUCAAGUCUGAGGAGCUCGACUACCAGGAGAUCUCUGCCACCCUGGAAGCGAUCUACGAGGAGCAGGCUGCUGUCGUGACAUCGACCAGUUCCGAGUCCGUCUCUACCGCCCAGGUCGAGCGUGCCGUCAAGGUCUUGCGCAAGCGCAUCACGACGGUCCGUGAGACUUACGGCUGGGCUCACGAAGAGUCUCUCUCCAAGAUGAAGGAGAUGGUCACCUUCCACUCUCGUCACAACGAGACCGAGACCGUGACUCAAGAGCUGAAGCAGGCCACCGUUCAGAUUCUUUCGUCGGAGACUUCCUCCACCCGUCUGAUCGCCGCUGCUAGCACCAUUGCUUCCAGCUACAUCGAGACAAACCAGAUCCAGAAGGCCACCGAGUUGACCCAGGAGAUCUACCGCCAGAUUGUCAUGAAGGACACUACCAACGCCAAGUCGGUGAAGUUCGAUCUCUCCUCCAAGGAGCGCCAGAGCCUCGUCUUCCUGGCCCAGCUGGAGUACAGCCUUCGUCGCAACACCUCCGUCACGAUCACUGAGAUCCUCGCCGCUUUGACCACGGAGUACGUCUACUUUGAGGAGCUGCGAAGCCAGGUGACCGCGAAGAGCACCAGCAUUCACUCCGUGUCGGUGUCCGCUGCCCGUCUCUACCGCUUCCUGGUCUCCCACGACCGCCACACCGCCGCCAGCCGCGUCUUCGACAUCACUCUGGAAUACUUCCAGAACACCGAAGCCAAGCGCGUCAAGCUGACCGAGACCUCACAGGUCCGGGUUCUGGUUCACACUAUCCUGAGCUACUUCGGCAUCCACCAGUCCCAGGACUUUGUCCGCUCCAUCGGUAUCGCCAGUAACAGCGGUGUCAUUGAGCUGCUCAAGUCCCAGAAGUACACCGAGGCCAGCGACCUGGCCUUGGCCGCCUUCAAAUACAUCUCCGCUCACGAGGUUUACCAGUCUCCUGCCAUCGUCAAGUUCAUCUUCACCCUGGGUAUGAACAUCUCAGGCCGUGGCAUCAUCGCCCGACCCGACGAUGCCAACCGCAAGAAGCUCCUGGGCGUGUCCGCCGUGAUCGUCCAGGACUCCCUGCGGGUCAUCAACGCCCUCAGAAUUAACCUGGCCCAGGUCGACCUCGUGCACCUGAACAACCUGAUCGGCCUGCUCGGCGAUCAGCAAGACUACCAGACCCUUGCCUGGCUGCUCACCAUCCUCUGGAACAGCCGUGAAGCCCAGCGCCACUGGCAGCCAUCCGUCACUCUCGCCCUGGGCCGACGCUACAUCAUGGCUCGCUACCUCGUCGGCGACUCUCUUGCCGCGCUCCGUCUGGCCGAAGACAUCGUCUACAACACGCGUCGCGUCCACGGCGCCCGCCACCCUAGCACGCUCGAGAUGUCCACUUUGCUCUCCCAGCUGUACACCGGUAUCGCACAGCGCUACCAGUCCCUCAAGAAUGGCCAAGAGAUGGCCAACCGGUACUACAAGAAGUCCGCGGCGGUGCACGAGAACAUCCUCCGCGCCUUCAGCGACCCCGCCUACGCCGAGUUGGAAGGUCUAGACGGCAGCAUGAGCCUCGACGGCUCCGCCUACGAGCUAGACAUUCACGACGCGGCUACCAGCACCAUCCCCGAGGGCGAACACGUCCGUCAGCACCUGCACCUGCUCAAGCUCUCUCUCGAGCGUCUGGGUGACUGGCCCAAGGACUACAGCGAGUACGAGCGUCUGAACGCGGACGUGUACCGUGAGUUCCCCGAGGAGAUGAAGGGCAUCGAGGGCGUUGAGAAGUGGAACCUGAAGAACUUUGGUUCCGGUAAGGCCGAGGCCAAGGAUGAUCUGUUAGAUCUGGAUUUCAAGACUUGGGAGCUGGUGGAUACUACUCAGGAGGUUGAGGAGGAGCUGUAG